AUGUUCAAUUUCGCUCCCAGCGGCGGCGGACCUCCCGUCCCCACCGCUGUCGACUUGCUAGACCACCACCACCAUCCCGCCGCCAACGACUGGUACAGCGGCGGCGGAGAUUCUUCUUCGAAGGAAAAUCAUCAUCAUCAACAUCAUCACCACAACAAUCAGAGUCACAACCACUCCAACCCCUCCGAAAUUAGCGGCGUGGUUGAAGGACAGGGGCUCUCCCUCUCCUUAUCCUCGUCGCUACAGCACCUGGAAGCCGCCAAGGCGGAGGAAUUGCGAAUUGGCGACGGCGGCGCCUCUUCCUCCGCCGCCGCCGCCGCUCACUACUACAAAACCAUCGGCCACCAACACCACCAGCAACAGCAGCAACAAGCAUUGCAUCUACAUCAGCAGAAUCAGGUGAGUCAAAUCGGGGGGUUCGGCUCCGGUCUAGGGGUGGUAAACGUGCUGCGUAGCUCCAAGUACGUUAAGGCGGCGGCGGAAUUGCUGGAGGAAUUCUGCAGCGUCGGGAGAGGGCAGUUCAAGAAGAUCAAAUUGUCCAGGCUCAAUUCCAACAACAGCACCAACAACGGCGGUGGUGGUGGUGGUUCGUCGAGCACUCCGACGACCAAGGAAUCGCCGGCUCCCCCUCCGCCGUUGUCGUCUUCCGAUCGGAUGGAGCAUCAGAGGCGGAAGGUCAAACUCGUCUCCAUGCUUGAUGAGGUGGACAGAAGGUACAACCACUACUGCGAGCAGAUGCAGAUGGUGGUGAACUCGUUCGACCUGGUGAUGGGGUUCGGGGCCGCGGUCCCGUACACGGCCCUAGCCCAGAAGGCCAUGUCGCGUCACUUCAGGUGCCUGAAGGACGCGAUCGCGGCCCAGCUCAGGCAGACAUGCGAGCUGCUGGGCGAGAAGGACGCCGCCGGCGGUGCCGGCGCCGCGGGCGGGAUCACGAGAGGGGAAACGCCGCGGCUGAGGGCGCUGGAGCAGAGCCUGAGGCAGCAGCGGGCGUUCCACCAGAUGGGGAUGAUGGAGCAGGAAGCGUGGCGGCCGCAGAGAGGGUUGCCGGAGCGAUCCGUCAACAUCCUCCGCGCCUGGCUCUUCGAGCACUUCCUUCACCCGUAUCCAAGCGACGCAGAUAAGCAUCUGUUAGCUCGACAGACUGGUUUAUCGAGAAAUCAGGUAUCCAAUUGGUUCAUCAAUGCAAGAGUCCGGCUGUGGAAACCAAUGAUUGAAGAGAUGUACCAGCAAGAGUCCAAGGAGGACGAUGACGUGGCGGACACAAGUCAAGAUCGGGAAACAGUCCUCCCAACCACGACACAAUCUUCUGCUCCGAUCACCCCUACUUCCGCCGCCGCAACGUCCAACAUCUCGUCCUCCGCCGCGACGACCCUGCCGCCGGUCGUCAAAGGAUUACCUGAAAUCCCCGACGAAAACGACGACGUAGUCCCUCCAUCUUCAUCAUCCCUCGCCGCCAUGAACAACAGACAGCAGCACUACUUCUCGGAUAGCCAAGCCGCCGCCAUGAUCAUGUCUUCCUCCGCCGUCGACGGGGCGCCGCCGCCGCCGCCUGCUUUCCACGAGUACGCCAGCUACGGUGCUGGUGGGAUGACCAUGGGUGGCGAUAAUGAGAACUUCGGGCCUGCUGACGUAGCGGGUAAUACCCUAAUAAGGUACGGGACCACCGGAGCAACCGCCGCCGCCGGCGGAGACGUGUCCCUCACGCUCGGUCUCCGGCACGCCGGGAACGUGCCGGAGAAGGCCUCCUCCGCGUUCUCGAUUCGAGACUUUGGAGACUGCUAG